ACAACAGCUGACCAGCGCGCCCUGGCAUUUAUUAUUAAGUCUGCAUCUGCACGUCUGCUCGAAGGUUUGUUUGAAAUAUGUAAACCGUGCAUCAACAACGAUGACACCACUGCGAUGAGGACGUGGACGUCGACAUGGUGUCUGCAAAACGUGUUCAUAAGUUGUGACCUCCUAGGCCUGCGUGGACAGUGUGUGUGUGCGACUGUGCGUGUAUGUUGAGGCAAAGAGGAAGUGAGAAAUGGCAAGAACUGGAAAGAGAGGGAGAGAAUCACGAGGGUCGAGCAAGCCUAUGGAGGUGGAGUCUGUCUGUGUGGUGUGUGUUGUGUAUGUGUGUGUUGUGUGUGGUUGGGAGAGAGAGAGAGAGGAUGACAGCAGAUGUGCUUGUUGCCGUGGCGGCAGAGCACAACAGCUCGAGAACGUAAAAGAAUAUUUGUCCAUUUUCAUCUUUUCUUCAUCACUCCUCCUCCUCUCUCCACCCGGAAACUUCUUCUUCCACCUCAUCUUCACCCGCCUCCUCUUCCUCGUCUUCCUGGUGUGAGGGCAUCAGAAGCAGCAGAGAACAACCAAACAUGGACGCCGAGCUGCCGCUGCUCAGCCAAUGAGAACGGGGAGCGGCAACAGGAAGCUAGGACGAGCGAGGAAGAGGGCGGCGGCGGCGUGGAGCUGCGUAUGAAGCCGAGAAACACUUAGAAGAGGAGGAGGAGGAGAUUGUGUUGAGCUUGCAACUUCAGGAGCAUCAUCUCAAUUUUAUAAGACUGCGGCGUGGCAGCACAGACACGUACAGUACACACAUUCAUUUGGAUCGGAACAGCAAUAAACUUCUCCUCCUCCUCCUUCUUCUUCUUCUUCUUCUUCUUCUUCACCCCGAGUGCCAUCUCCACUUCCUGCAAUACUUUUUCAUGACGUGAAGCACUGCAGUGAUUGGACCCCCUACCCCCCUCCCUCCCUCCGCCCCCCUCAUCAUCAACAUGUCAAGCCGCUAUCAGACUAGGAAGUCAGGGCAGGGUCAGUGACUCGCCCACGACCUAGUCCGAGUGGGUUCGAAGCAAGAUGGCGGCCGGUGUGGCAACAUGGCUGCCGUUCGCGCGGGCGGCGGCUGUGGGAUGGCUGCCGCUAGCCAAGAAGACCAUGCCCAAACCUCCUGUGGACAACUCGUCCAGAUCAGACGAAAUCCUCUAUGUCAAUGUCAGUGGGGUCCGCUUUCAGACAUGGAAGAACACGCUGGACCGCUAUCCCGACACGCUGCUCGGGUCCUCGGAAAAGGAGUUCUUCUACAACGACGACACUCAGGAGUAUUUCUUCGACAGGGACCCCGAAAUGUUCCGCCACAUCCUCAACUUCUACCGCACCGGGAAGCUGCACUACCCGCGACACGAGUGCAUCCAGGCCUUCGAUGAGGAGUUGGCCUUCUACGGCAUCGUGCCCGAAAUCAUCGGCGACUGCUGCAUGGAGGAAUACCGAGACCGGAAAAAGGAGAACCAGGAGCGUCUGGCCGAGGACACGGAAGCCAACGAAGCUAUGGACGCGCCCCUGCCCCCGCACAGCACCCCCAGAGAGCGUCUGUGGAGAGCCUUCGAGAACCCACAUACGUCCACCAUGGCGCUGGUUUUCUACUACGUGACGGGCUUCUUCAUCGCCGUGUCGGUCAUCGCCAACGUGGUGGAGACGGUCCCGUGCCGGCCCCUCAAGGGCAGCGUCAAGGAGCUCCCGUGCGGCGAGAAGUACCAGCUGGCCUUCUUCUGCAUGGACACGGCGUGCGUGCUCAUCUUCACCUUUGAGUAUCUGAUGCGUCUGUUCGCCGCGCCCAGUCGCUGCAAGUUCAUGCGCUCGGUCAUGUCGGUCAUCGACGUGGUGGCCAUCAUGCCCUACUACAUCGGCCUGGUCAUGCCUGAGAACGAGGACGUGAGCGGCGCCUUUGUCACGCUGAGGGUCUUCCGUGUCUUCCGGAUCUUCAAGUUCUCGCGCCACUCGCAGGGUCUGAGGAUUCUGGGCUACACGCUCAAGAGCUGCGCCUCGGAGCUGGGCUUCCUGCUCUUCUCCCUCACCAUGGCCAUCAUCAUCUUCGCCACCGUCAUGUUUUACGCCGAGAAGGGGACCAAGGGCUCCACCUUCACCUCCAUCCCGGCCUCCUUCUGGUACACCAUCGUCACCAUGACGACACUGGGGUACGGCGACAUGGUUCCCAACACCAUCGCCGGGAAGAUUUUCGGCUCCAUCUGCUCGCUGAGCGGCGUGCUGGUCAUCGCCCUCCCCGUGCCCGUCAUCGUGUCCAACUUCAGUCGAAUCUACCACCAGAACCAGCGCGCAGACAAGAUGCGAGCGCAGCAGAAAGUGCGCUUGGCUCGAAUCCGCAUGGCAAAGAAAGGAACUACUAACGCCUUCCUGCAAUACAAAGAAGAUCGAGCUCUUGGGGACCGCGACAGCGACAGCGGCGCUCUGUGCGUAAGGAACAAGUCGGCGUUCGAGCAUCAACAUCAUCACCUUCUUCACUGUUUAGAGAAGACCACGAACCACGAGUUCACAGACGAACUCAACUACAGCGAGUUGUGCAUCACAGAGUCGGUGGGCUUCCGGACCAGCCGCAGCACCUCCCUGUCCAGCCAACAGGGGGCGCUCAACCACUCCACAGGCUGCUGCCCCCGUCGGGUCCGGAGGCGAGCGGCCAUGCGACUGGCCAACUCCACCGUGUCCGUGAGCCGCGGCAGCGUGCAGGAGCUGGACACGCUACACGGAAAGGGCGUGCCAGGCCCACCGCAGACUCGUUCCAGCCUCAACGCUCAGAUCAACCUCAAGCUUAACUGUGGCGAGCAAGACUUCAGCGCCGCCAUCAUAAGCAUCCCCACGCCGCCUGCCAACACGCCCGACGAGAGCCUGCCGCCCUCGCCCGCUGCCAUCCCGGGUGGCAUCCUGCGCAACACGCGCGCCACCGCCUACACUUCUGACGCCGUCAAGAUCUCCUCCUUGUAACCUCUGCCAGGGCCUGACCACAACCGCCCCGCACCCACCUUUUGCCUGCCUGACGCCCGUCGCCGCUGACAGUCCGCAGCUGGCCGAGGAAUUGCGGGUAGAGACAGAAAAACACUUCCCGGCUUUGUCCUCAGUCGAUGAUGAAAGUGGACAUCCAAAUAAGCAAAGCAGGAAGUUAUUGUCAGUCAUCUAAAAUAGGACGAAAUGUUUGUGUGUUGCGUGUUUGACAAGCGAGUUGAGGAAUCAAAAAUUGCGAGGUCAACUUUCUUCCAUCAUACAAUAAUAGUGUUUUACAUUUAACAAAAGAAAACAAACAAAAACUCUACAACUGAUUAAACACGUCAAGCAUAACAUUUUGGUUAGAUUGUUGAUUUGUUCGCAGCAUGGCGGCCAACUGAUUAGCACACCUCCUUCACACGUGGGGUUUGAAUCCCAGUUCCAUCUUUCCUGUCUAUUGACUAGUGGCCAGUCCAUUGUUGGUCUAUUUGUGACUUGACAUUGGUUGGUGGACCGGUCCUUUUUUUUUUCUGUCUGUGCCCUGAGAUCGUCCAAGAUGUAUCUCACCUGACUUUGGAUGAGAAGGUGUGGUACAUUCUGGAGUGAUUUCCAGUCAACGUCAGGGCACUCAUAGAUUGGAUAUCAGCCCAUCUUAAAGGAACAACAGUAUUGCUUCCAGAUCGCCUAUUUUUCACAAUGCUCAGUAAAAUGAACAUCACAUCAAUACAAUAGCAGAUGAUCAUUCACUGACAUGCUAAUUUAUUACACUGUCAUGUGUUAAAAUGGUACAAACAUUGCGCCAGUCAGUCGUGGCCAUAAAUGUUGACAGUCGGACGACGCUACCUUCUUUUCCUUUCGGCUCGUCUCGUUAGGGCUCGCCACAGCGUGUCAUCUUAGAUGCACGCGUAUUUGUUUGGCACAGUUUUACUCCGGAUGCCCUUCCUGACGCAACACCUCUGCAUUUCGCCGGGGAGAGAAGCUUACAGCACCUGGUAUUCUCAGGCGGUCUCCCAUCCAAGUACUAACCAGGGUCAAACCCGCUUAGCUUCCGAGAUCUGACGAGAUUGGGCGUUCUCAUGGAAGCGUGGCCGUAAGGUAGUCGCAUGACGUGACCAUUGUCCUGUUACGUCCUCCUCCCAAACUCUGUUUUAAAUCUAAACAAUGCAAUAAAUACAACAAUAAGCUGACAAAACCCAGAUUGGCCGAAAUGGAUCCGCACCCUCUUGAUCUCAUGCAUUGCCUCCCUCCGACAAGGAAGCUUGACAGCAAUGCAUUUUAAAGAUCCACCAAAGAGGCCCAAAAAAGGUCUUGUAAAUUUGACACACCACAGAAAAGGGUUACAAAGUUUGCCAAAUUUGUAUUAAUAAGGGAAAAAAAAAAUCACCAUGUAUAUAAAAUAAGGCUUCCCCUCAUGUCGCAGGACUGGCCCAAAUAACACAAACCACUUCAGCGAAGAGGGAUUUUCGGGUUUUAGGCAGAAGUUGGCGGUUAACUGCGUGAUGUAGUCGCAAUAAAAUAGGCCGAGAUGACCCUCGAUGGUUAUUUCGGGGGUUCUGCGAAGAUCUCAUGCCAAAAUGUAUACGUCCCAGCCUGCUGCCCAGCCCAAAAAAUCCAUCCAACUGAGAUGGUGAAGCUGCAGACAUUGUUUCUAAAUCCAGUUUUGCAAGAUUGGAAAGGUUUCUACGGUUUAUGGACUGGACCCCAGCCAAUGCCCGAGAACAUACAGACAAACAAUGUCCUCGUCAUCAGCCCUUUGCUGAGUAAUCAGUAAGAUUUUUCAAAACUAAUUGACACUUUUGAGAAUAAUAAUUCAUGAUACAAAUGUCAAGUCAUAUUUGUUGUUGUGAUGGAAGAAACCCGAGCCCAAACUUGACCGGCUGCUAGCUUAAACAUAAAUGCUGCUUUUGUGCACGUGGCCACUUUGACAUUCCUCAAUUUCUUUCCUGGGCCACUCAGAAGCGAGCGUGUUUGAGCGUGUGACCAAGCACAAAUUGUAACAUAUUUUGUAUCAUAAACGUUCACCUGCACCUGUCAAUCAACACCCUCCCCCCGUAAAAAAAAAAAAAAAAAAAAAAAAAAAAAAAAAAAAAGGUCACCACCUGGUCUGUGCAUGAGCCUCGUAUGACUUCAACUUUAGCCAGCGUAGCGUAGAAUAAAGAUCACGGAGGGGGAAAAAUGUCUUUUCUUAUUUUGCAUGACGACUUUCUGAUGGUUUUUGUUUCCUUUCAACCACCGAGACAUGGCAACAUUCAGGAAUGUUCCUGGGCCGGAAUGCUGAGAGACGUCACUACUAUGCAUGGAUACCGUUGUAGGUAUUUGAUCUCAACGCACUCUUGUUCACUGGACUUCUUCUUCUGAACCCACAAAUAAAAAGUAAACUAUGCUGUUAGCACAAGUGAUGAUAAUUUCAGCAUGAAUGUGUUGACAAACAAUAUGGUGAGAGUUUCUGUCCACUCAGUCGUUCCUGUGCAAAUUGAGCCUCUCACGGGAAUUAGCAGGAGCUAACGUUAAUGGCGACUGAUGUUAAUUUGUACCUCACACAGGAUGUAGCAGUCAUGUCUCAGGUGGCCACGCCAAAAAUAGGCUAACGUUAGGGGAAAGUUGCAUCGGUGUUAAGGCUCCUUUAUACUCGGACAAGCGGUCACCGCGCUGACGUCACUGCGGCUAUCCCGUGCGCGGUUUGCCUUUCUAUAUGCUGCGGUUUUUCUCCAAGUCAGUGGUGUCGCUUCGGCAGGUGUUGGCGAGGACGCCACAUGGUGGAGCUUUCGUUUGCAUUGUUUGGCCAUUUCCACUUUUGCUUUCCUUCCGGGGACAAGGAACAAAGCAGCAACGUUGGCGACCAUGGAACAGUGUCUGCUAGUACAGAUGGACCUAGAUGACCACAUGAUACGUUUAAUGAUGCGGCAAAAUCGAUCAAGAAGGUGGCGGUGCAGGUGGUACGUAGUGUGUGUAACUAAACUGACGAAAGAAAUUAUCUCAUUCCACGAGCAGCAAUAAUUUUUGCCGUAUGUGCGUGACGUGAUGCGUAGGAGCCACGUGACCCAAUGUGUCAGUCGGGAUGCAAUGCGGUCGGUCGGCCGUUAGCGCCGGAGUAUAAAGGGGCCUUUAGGUAUUGCUAGUUUGCACUAACGUUUGCACAUCAAACAAGAAGGGUCCAAAGAGGCCAGGACAACAAUGGCUAACUUUACUGCAAUUUCUUAGUGAAGAUUCGCGCAUCACGCAGGAAGUAGCCGACGCAUUCAAGAUUGUCACGGCGACAAUCGCUAAUGUUAGUGCUUUAUUCCUUGCUAACGAUAACUUGCGCUAACAUUUACGCCUCACAAAGGAAGUAACCGAAGUGUCCAAGAUGGCUGUGUAAACGGCAAUAAUAUUAGCAAUGGCAGAUGCUAAUUUGCGCUCAAAUCUGCGCCUCAGAAAGAAAAUAGCCCAAGUGUCCAAGGGGGCCACAAGAACAAUGACGUCAGUGACAACUGUUGCUAAUUCUAACAAACAUAAGUAUGAACAUGUUGACAAAAGUGGGAGGGGUGAGGGAGUUCAGUGAACAAAUUAAUAAUAAUGAUUUUAAAAAAAUGAUUAAAGCACAGACA